CAAAUUGGUGUGGAAAUGCCUAUAGAUUACAUUUAAAUUGUAGAGCAAUUAUUUAAUAAGCCAAUUAAAACAUACAUUUCACAGGAAUCAAGUCACCAUUUAUGUCAUAAGAGGCUGGGAGGUCAAAAGUCAACUUUUCCAAAGUCAUUCUCAGAAUGUUCUUAAGUCCAUUACAAGCCACCUAUAUGUUCAUAUGCCUUAUAUGGAAUUGCUAUUCUUACUGCCAUAAUCGUAGACCUGGUCUACGGGAACAGUUGAAUUUUGUUGAAGUACAUUUGGAAAUGUCAAGUUGGGUGGGUGGGGUCAGUGAAGUUAUGAGUCCCGUGAGUACAAUGAUCCUAUGUAUAGCUUUACUGUUUCAGACUCAGUUUCCACGUAUGAAUUUCCAAACGUGAGAACGGUCUCUAGAGUUCAAAUGAAUGAGCCCCAAUUCCUGGAAAAAUGCCACAUUGCACCAGUCCUCUUUGACUCCACCGUGUGGCCAGAUUGAGUAGUGCAUAUGUUCUACCAGAACCUUUGGCAAAUAUCCAAUGAAAAUUAGUGAAUAAAAAAUAUAUUUUUAAUUCAAAAGUCAAACAUUACACUAUCAACACAAAAAAUGGUACCCAAAAAAGGUAGAUUGAGGUCUUUAGAUAUUUUAGAGCUUAUCAGAGUAUCGCAGUGGGAGGGUCUGGGUUCGAAUCUCAAUACUGGCAUCCCUGUAUGUUCAGAGCUUGUGUUCAGUUUUGAUGUGUAGGUCUUUCCAUGUUACUGAAGUUUCUAAAUUGACCAUAGGACCUGCCCAACCCUUCCUGGAUGGGUGUAAUGACUCAUUAUUCUCACAAGAUACAGUUGAUUCCUUCCUGUGUAGCUUUUAGGGUAAACGUACCAUGCCAGUAUUCCCCCUCGACGAAUUGCUUAUCACGAUCAUCAUCAUGAUGUUGCUUUAUUCGCUCAAUUUACUUGGCCCUACAUGCCCCCUUGUGUGAUCUUCACCAGUGGACCAUUGCGCUCCUUUCAAUGCAGAUGGCCUGAGCACCUCCUAGUGGUGCAGUCUUGCAAUUUUAGCCUGAGAACUUGCCCUCACAUGUCUGAGUGAAACUGUGUCCGGACAUGUACAAGUCACGCUCGUGUGGGAGGGGCUCGUGAGUCACGUCUCAGGCUCAGUAUUAUAAAUAGAGUCCACAGUAACACCAAUCUCAGAUGCGCUGUUAUACUCACUGAGGAAGCUUACAACAAUGUGUCGAAUGAUGGCAAACAUCAAGCGGAUCUCGAACCCCCUGGGGAAACGCCCUGCGCGGCGGAACCUGUUCGGCCCAGUUGACAGGGCGCAGCUGCGGGCGGACUACCGGGCCGCCCUGAGGAAAGACCUGGAGGAGGCAUCGCAGCGCUGGGGUUUCGACUUCAUAUCCGACCAGCCUCUUGCCAGUGGCAAUUUCCAGUGGGAGGGCGUCCCAGGCGCCAAGGUGCCACGACUCUACAGAUCCACUAUGCUGGGCAAGGCAGCGGGUCAAAGGGCAAGAGAGGUGACGGUCCACCCCAAGAGAGUCCGGGCGGGGCCACCAGAGAACGAGAAGGAGAACGUCCCUGAAAACAAGUCAGAGAAAUGUCCUUUCAAUAUGGAGAGAACGCCAAGGAAGAUGGAGAAUGGAGGACUCAAGAGGAAGCAAACUAACAUUACAGAUUUCUAUCAGACAAAGAGAAGAGUCGUUGGAAUGCCGCUAAAAUCCAGCGAGUGAUUCACACCCUUCUCCCCCAAUCGGUACAGCGUUCCUAAAAGAGUGCCAAUAUUCCAACAAGAACACUCAAGAAUGCCAAAUUGGGCAAAGACUGGACAGUUGCUUCUAGGGAGUCAACAUAAGGGACCUCAGCCGUCGUGCAUGUCUUUAACGUUCAUUUUGGGUCUUGUAUUCAUUGUAAAUGUGGGGCGGGGAUAUCAAGAUAUUAACAAUUGAUCUGCAGAGAUAACUGUUAAUCUUUGCACUAGUGGAUUUAUCAUUUGGAUCAAGUGAAUAUCCCAAGUGUCGACUGAAAUAACGGGCAGUUUUCACGUGUCAGCCACACGGAAGCGGAGAAAUGUAGGAUGACCGUUACUUGAAAUAGACACCAUCAGGGUUCACACCAAUCUGCCUCGACCAAAUCAACAAUGACGGAGGAUGGAAAGUCCAUUGGCUCCUCUUUGCUGGAAUCCACUUUUUACUUUGUUGUUUGUCAUUGAUGGGAACAAGUCAUCAUGUUUUGUAUUUUCCUUUCUACCGUAAAUAGCACUUAGCGUGUGUUUAUACUUUAUAUUGUUCGAUGCAAGAAAGCGUUCUAAUGUGCUCUACGCACAUUUGCUUUGCUUAGAUUAGAUGUGACACGAGCGUCAUUGUGUUUGUUCCUUCUUCUGCCUGUUUUUUUCCCCCUUUGUUUAGGUUUUAAUAAUCUGCCCAGUCCAAAUAUGUACAGAACCAGAUGGUAGCACAUUUAAAAAUCAUUUAGUAAAAGACAAUUUUCUAAUAGACUAGCACUGUAAAGUAGCGUAAUUGAAAACCCAUUGCGGUAUUGCACAUGCACUUGAUGUACUGCACCCAUCCGGUAUUUAGUGUUUCCUCGGCACGUCUCUCGCUAGUCUACGAUCACAAAAAUGUUCUCACCCUCAGUUAGCGUAUUAUCUACUAAACUAGAAUGAAGUGCCAAUCCUCUCCUAUUGCUCUAAUGUGUGCAAUGUAUUACACUAAUUGUUGUUCUCUGCCUUAAAAAGCAAACCGUUUGCAACACUCUUAUUUAUGUCUAUCUUAUUUUGGCAGUCCUGCUGCUUGGGCUAAUUUGAGCUGGUGUGGAAAAAGGUCAUUUCAAUGCUCACAAAGUGACAGCCUGGAGAUAAUGAGCCCAAAUAUUGACUGUACUUCCUGCUUAUUGAUGCUCGUGCACAGGGCCUGCUAUAGACUGUUUUAAGUGUAAAGCUACAAAUGAAAAAUCUAUCCUUUAUUUAUUGUACUGUAAGUUGUGACUUCAAAAUGAAAAUAAAAUGUCUGACUUAAA